AUGUUUACUCGGGUGACGGCUCCGUGUCGCUUCUCGUUGCGAUUCCCGAUUUUAUUCAGUAAGAAUGCGGCGCACCAAGCAACAAAUCGACCUUCCAGGAGGUCGCACUUCGUCGCAAUAGGCGCAGGAAUUGCAGCAAGUGUAGCAGUCUAUACUGUAUGGAGACGACGGCCACGUGCUUAUGUUGUCAGCGCUAUUGAAAGCAACAGGGCAUCAAAAACUCAAACACAAGACGGACGGCAUGAUCACGAGCUUCCCGUCAUCACCAGAGCGGAAGUGGAGCGCCAUACUUCCAAACAUACGGGCAUUUGGGUGACAUACAAAGAAUACGUGUAUGAUAUCACCGACUUUAUAGAAUCACAUCCGGGAGGUUCUAAGAAAAUAAUCCUAGCAGCUGGCAAGGCUAUCGACCCUUUCUGGUCCAUCUAUCAGGUCCAUUUAAGUAGCGACGAUGCAAAGCAGUUGCUCGACGAGAUGAGGAUCGGAAAGCUUGACGAAAAAGAUCAAAAAAUUUUUGAACUGACUGACACAUCGGAUGCAUUUUGUGACGACCCAUGGAGUGAACGGAGCCCAUUAAUGAAAGUCAACUCCAAAAAGCCGUUUAAUGCUGAGCCGCCCCUUGAGGUUCUAGCCGACAACUUCUACACACCAAACUCAAUAUUCUUUGUGCGAAACCAUCUGCCUGUACCACGGAUUGAUAUCAAUAAAUACAGACUUACUGUAGAGGGAGAAGGGGUGCGAUCUUUCCAGCUUUCUUUGGAAGAACUGAAGACUAAGUUUUUGCAGCACGUGAUCAGUGCAACGAUGCAGUGUGCUGGUAAUCGACGUUCUGAAUUGUCUAAGGCUAAGACAGUGAGAGGGUUGGGGUGGGGUCAUGCUGCCAUUAGUACGGCGACGUGGAAGGGUGUCAAGUUGAGAGAUGUGCUAUUGUAUGCUGGAUAUAGACCGGAUGGUGGUGUACGGCAUAUUGAAUUUGAAGGAUUGGAUAAAGAUAUGGCAGGUGAACCAUAUGCCGUCUCUAUUCCCGUUGAGAAGGCAUUCAGUGAGGACGGCGACGUGCUACUUGCCUACGAGAUGAACGACAAACCACUUCCCGUCGAUCACGGAUUUCCACUUCGUGUGGUCGUCCCAGGCUCGGCCGGUGCUCGAAAUGCCAAGUGGCUGAGCAAAAUUAGAGCAAGAAAGGACGAAAGUCCAGGCUUCUGGCAGCAGAAUGACUACAAAGUGUUUGAUCCGAAUGCAUCGAUGGACACAGCAGACUUCAAGUCUGUGCCAGCAAUCCAAGAGACUCCAGUUCAGUCGGCGAUCAUUGAACCUCAAGACGGCAGCGUUGUCACCAUAGAUGAUGAUGUCAUUAAUAUCAAAGGGUACGCAUUUAGUGGUGGAGGUCGGGGGAUCAAUAGAGUUGAUGUGUCUGUCGAUGGUGGAAAAUCGUGGCAACUGGCUGAACUACAGGACGAUCUUGAACAGCCGUAUGGUAAGAGAUGGGCUUGGACGUUUUGGGAUAUUGAUGUGCCUGUUCCGAAGGAGCAUGCAGGGAGUCUCAAUGUCUGCUGCAAGGCGGUCGACUCUGCUGGUAACACGCAACCAGAGAGAGUGGAAAUGGUGUGGAAUUUUCGUGGAUUGUUAAACAACUCGUGUCACUGUGUGAACAUUAAGCUUCAGUGGCUGAGUCCCUGUAGGUUGUCUCGACGUUCUCCCUCUAUCGUCAGAAGACAGCAUGAAUUUGCAGGAAUGGAUCGAGCCCACUGGCGUCCACAAUUUACUGCAAUCAGUGCAGGCCUAGCAGCCAUUGGUGUUUAUGCAUUAUGGAAAAGCGACUCCGAACUCGAAUACCAAGUCGAAGUUCCUGGAAUUGAAACAAUGAUUCUACGAGAUUUCAAAGAAGGAGAUGAAGAGCACGAACUUCCCAUCAUAACCAGAAAAGAAGUAGAGCGUCACACAUCAGAGGAAACAGGCAUUUGGGUGACAUACAAAGACCACGUCUACGAUAUCACUGACUUUGUCAGACUUCAUCCUGGAGGCACCAAGAAAAUCCUACUAGCAGCAGGGAAAGCCAUCGACCCCUUUUGGUCUGUUUAUCAAGUCCAUUUCAGCAGUGAUAAUGCAAAACAGUUGCUUGACGACAUGAAGAUAGGACGGUUAGACAUGAAAAGUCGUACUUCAGUUGAACCCACAGUCAGUGAUGUAUUCAGUAAUGAUCCAUGGGCUGAGCGAAGUCCGCUGAUGUCUGUCAUUACAAGGAAACCGUUUGAUGCUGAAACGCCGCUCGACAGUUUGGUCGAUAAUUUCUACACACCGAACUCGAUCUUUUUCGUGCGAAACCACCUGCCUGUGCCGCUUGUUGAUAUCGAGAAAUACAAGCUGUGUGUGGAGGGAGAAGGACUCCGGUCUGUUGAACUGUCUCUUGCAGAGCUCAAGACAAAGUUCGUUCAGCACACGAUUAGUGCAACUAUCCAGUGCGCUGGAAACAGACGGUCGGAAUUGUCAAAAUUUAAGGCAGUUAAUGGACUGGGUGCUGGCCAUGCUGGCAUUAGCACAGCAACGUGGAAGGGUGUCAAACUGAGGGACGUGUUGAUGUUUGCGGGACACAAGGCAGACAGUGAUGCGUGUCACAUCGAAUUUGAGGGUUUGGAUAAAGACAUGACAGGUGAAGCGUAUGCCGUUUCUAUUCCUGUUGAGAAGGCGUUUAGUGAGGAUGGCGACGUGCUACUCGCGUACGAGAUGAAUGGCGGCCCGCUUCCUCGUGAUCACGGAUUCCCACUUCGUGUCGUCGUUCCCGGCUCGACUGGCGCUCGAAAUGCGAAAUGGUUGAGUAAGAUUAGAGCGAGAAAGGAUGAGAGUCCGGGAACGUGGCAGCAGAAUGACUACAAAGUGUUCCCGCCAAACGUAUCCCCGGAUAACGCCGACUUCACAUCGGUGGCGGCGAUUCAGGAGACUCCUGUUCAGUCUGUGAUCGUCGAGCCUCAAGAUGGCAGUUUGAUAUCAAUGGAUGAUGAGGUGAUUACCAUCAAGGGAUAUGCUUUCAGUGGGGGCGGGAGAGGGAUAAUGAGAGUCGACGUCUCUCUCGAUGGCGGAUCAUCAUGGCAACAGGCAGAGCUACAGGACGACAUUGAGCAGCCGUACGGCAAGCGAUGGGCGUGGACUCUAUGGACCAUCGACGUGCCGAUUCCUCAACAUCAUGCAGGGAAUCUCAACAUCUGCUGCAAGGCAGUCGAUUCGGCGAGCAACAGCCAACCGGAGAGAGUCGAAUCUGUUUGGAAUUUUCGCGGGUUUUUGAACAACGCGUGGCAUCGAGUCGAAGUCAGACUGGACGACGGCUAGUGACUUGACUGACAUCCGUCAAAACUCGAAGCCGAGAUAUCCGGGCUAAGGGUAUAGUUUAUUCAGUUGUAUUUGUCAUUCAGUGUUUCUCUAAUUUAUUCAGGAUUAGUAUGUCCUCGUUGACUUAGGGUAUCUUUUCUAAUGCCUAGAUGAUUAUACUGCAAUUUUGUUUAAAAUUAUUCAUCGAGGGUUAUUAAUAUUAAUAAUAUAGUAUUAGUUGAAUUUAACAAGAAGAAAA